UUGGUUCAAGCCGUUUUGGUACAAGUUUCCAGUUCAAGCGGCAGUUCAUGAUUCGUGCCGUUCGGAUUCAAAGCCGCUUUGGAUGUUAGACAUCGGGCGAGGAUCUCGAUUCACUGUCACUGAUUUCGAUGUGGCCGUAAAGAAGUGUGGGCGGACAACGAAUUGGAGCGCAGCUUUGCAAUUGUUCCACGAGGUAUCCCAUCAACGUGCUGAACUCGACAAUCGUUGCUACAUUACCACUGCCAGUGCAUGUGGAAAGGGCAAGCAAUGGAAAUUGGCGUUGUGGCUUCUUGGCGGAAUCAUUGAAGCGACAAUGGAGGCCAACAUCAUCUAUCGCGUGCCAGAGGGGCCAUUGACUGCGCCAGCUGGGCCCGCGGUGGCGGCGGCUCCGCGGCCACCUGCCCUGAGAGACUACAACGUUGGGAUCAGCGCGUGCGAGAGCGCAAAGCAGUGGCAGCGGGCCUUGUCGCUGCUCAGAGAGAUUGCUGAGACGAGGUUAGAGCCCACUGUCAUCAGCUACAACGCUGGGAUCAGCGCGUGCGAGAAAGGCAUCCAGUGGCAGCGCGCCCUUUCGCUGCUCGCUGAGAUAGUUGAGACGAAGCUGCAGCCCACCGUCAUCAGCUACAGCGCAGGGAUCAGCGCCUGCAUGAAAGCCAAGAAAUGGCAGCAGGCCCUAUCCCUGCUCAGAGAGGUGGUUGACACGAAGCUGGAGACCCAUGCCAUCAUCUACACCGCGGGUAUCAGCGCGUGCGAAAAAGCCCAGCAAUGGCAGCGCGCCUUGUCGCUGCUCGCUGAGAUGACUGGGAGGAAGCUGCAGCCCAGCGUCAUCAGCUACAGCGCGGGGAUCAGCGCCUUCGAAAAAGCCAAACAAUGGCAGCAGGCCCUAUCCCUGCUCAGCGAGAUGAUUGAGACGAAGCUGGAAACCGAUACCAUCAUCUACAGCGCAAGUAUUAGCGCAUGCGAGAAAGCCAAGCAGUGGCAGCAGGCAUUAUCCCUGCUCCGCGAGGUUGUUGAGACUACGCUGGAGCCCGAUGCCAUCAUCUACAACGCGGCCAUCAGCGCCUGCGAGAAAGGCAUCCAAUGGCAGCGAGCCCUGUCGCUGUUCAGCGAGAUGCAGGCGGUGAAGGUGAAUCCUGACGUGUUCAGUCAUGGCGCGGUUAUCAGCGCGUGUGCGAAAUGCAGGCAGUGGCAGCGGGCCCUGUCGCUGCUCAGAGAGAUUGCUCGGACGAAGUUAGAGCCCACUGUCAUCAGCUACAACGCUGGAAUCAGCGCGUGCGAGAGCGGAAAGCAGUGGCAGCUCGCUAGUUUGCUGCUCGUUGAGAUGGUUCAGACGAAGCUGCAGCCAAAUGUCAUCAGCUACAGCGCGGGGAUCAGCGCCUGCGAGAAAGCCAAACAAUGGCAGCAGGCCCUAUCCCUGCUCAGCGAGAUGGUUGAGACGAAGCUGGAGACCGAUGCCAUUAUCUACAGCGCGGCUAUCAGCGCAUGCGGGACAGCCCAGCAGUGGCAGCAGGCCCUGUCCCUGCUCAGCAGGAUAAUUGAGACUAAGUUGGAGCCCGAUACCAUCAUCUACAGCACGGGGAUCAGCGCCUGCAUGAAAGCCAAGAAAUGGCAGCAGGCCCUAUCCCUGCUCAGCGAGAUGGUUGAGACAAAGCUGGAAACCGAUACCAUUAUCUACAGCGCGGCCAUCAGCGCAUGCGAGAAAAGCACCCAGUGGCAGUGGGCCCUGUCGCUGCUCAGCGAGAUGCGGGCGGUGAAGGUGGAGCCUAACGCGAUCACUACAAUUCUGGGAUCAGCGCGUGCGAGAAAGGCAAGCAGUGGCAGCGGACUCUGAUGCUCUUCCGCCAGCUCCUGCGGGAGAGGGUGGAGCCGAGCGUUGCCACCCGCAGCGCCACAGUCCGAGCCCUGGUCGAAGGCAUGUCGGGCGACUGGUCGCUGGAAAGCGAACGUGCUAACACGAACGUGUAGCAAAACACGAGUGAAACAGCAAGGGCUUCGCAGAACCAGGGCGGUUCUGUAAUUUGUUGGAGAUCUCUCGGCGUUGUCCCAAUUUGAUGGUACACGCUUCCGCCUGGCGCCUUCCUUUCCUCACAUUCCUCCCGUUUCCCUCCUCCUUUCCGC